UAUUGCCGCGGAAAGUAUGCUAACUACAUGUCUAAGAACUGCCGAAAGAGUUGCAACCGUUGUCAAGGUGAAGAGGAAAACGAACACUUAAGAGGAGGAGAGUUUGAAGAUGACGAAGACAAAAUGAACGACAUUGAAGAACAGGACGAUAACAGAGAUGAAAACAAAGAAGACGAAGAAGGCAAAAAACCAGAGGAAAAAGCUCCCGAAGAAGACCUUGAAACGUUCUUCCUUGAGAUGUAAACAUUUUUGCACCAUCACCACUUCAAACUGAUGUGCAUCAACGUUGUAACCCUCCUUACUGGAAAUUAAUAUUUUUGAACGUAAUCAACUGAUGUUUUAGAACAAGCUUCAGUCUUAUUUAUCCGAUAGUAUGUUAGAAAUAGUUGUUGUAUCGUGUAAUCAGGACUUCCUUAAGUAUGAUGUAAUCUGCUCCGCGUCAGAAG